UCCUGAUGUCAACCAAGUACAACAAGGACUCCAAGAUGUACCACGCAAUCCAGACCGUGUUUGGUGAGAGACUGUUUGGCCAAGGUUUGGUGUCAGAAUGUGACUAUGAGCGCUGGCACAAGCAACGCAGGGUCAUGGACUUGGCCUUCAGCCGCAGCUCCCUGGUCAGCUUGAUGGAAACGUUCAACGAGAAGGCAGAGCAGCUGGUGGAGAUUCUGGAGGCCAAGGCGGAUGGGCAGACCCCGGUGUCCAUGCAGGACAUGCUGACCUGCACCACCAUGGACAUCCUGGCCAAGGCAGCUUUUGGGAUGGAGACAGGCAUGCUGCUGGGCGCCCAGAAGCCUCUGUCCCGGAAGGUGAAACUGAUCCUGGAGGGCAUCACUGCAUCUCGAAACACUCUGGCGAAGUUCAUGCCAGGGAAGUGGAAGAAACUCCGAGAGAUCCGGGAAAGCGUUCGCUUCCUGCGCCAGGUUGGCAAGGACUGGGUCCAGCGCCGCCGGGAGGCCCUGAAGCGGGGGGAGGACGUCCCCGCCGACAUCCUCACACAGAUCCUCAAAGCUGAAGAGGGGGCCCAGGACGAUGAGAUCCUGCUGGACAACUUCGUCACCUUCUUCAUUGCUGGCCACGAGACCUCUGCCAAUCAUCUGGCAUUCACGGUGAUGGAGCUGUCUCGCCAGCCUGAGAUCUUGGCAAGGCUGCAGGCCGAGGUGGACGAGGUCAUCGGUUCUAAGAGGCACCUUGACUGUGACGACCUGGGGAGGCUGCAGUAUCUGUCCCAGGUUCUGAAAGAGUCGCUGAGGCUGUACCCGCCAGCGUGGGGCACCUUUCGCCUGCUGGAGGAGGAGACCUUGAUCGAUGGGGUCCGAGUCCCCGGCAACACCCCGCUCCUGUUCAGCACCUACGUCAUGGGGCGUAUGGACACAUACUUUGAGGACCCACUGACUUUCAACCCCGAUCGCUUCAGCCCCAAAGCACCGAAGCCGAGGUUCACCUACUUCCCCUUCUCUCUGGGCCCCCGCUCCUGCAUCGGACAGCAGUUUGCUCAGAUGGAGGUGAAGGUGGUCAUGGCCAAGCUGCUGCAGAGGCUCGAGUUCCGGCUGGUGCCUGGACAGCGAUACGGGCUGCAGGAGCAGGCCACGCUCAAGCCGCUCGACCCUGUGCUGUGCACUCUGCGGCCCCGGGGCUGGCAGCCCGCACCCCCGCCACCCUGCUGAGCGGGCCUGGGGUGGAUGGGACUCCUCUGGCAAGGGCCGCACCCACACUCCUCUGCAACCCCGCUGCCAUCCACCCUGUUCUCCUGUCCCCUUCCUCAGGGGCACCCUCCACGCUGGCUCCCAGCGGGCCCCCCUGCCAAUCACCACCUGCUUUCCUCCUCCCCCCUCCC